AUGCCUUCAUAUGCUAAAUUCCUUAAAGAAAUCUUAUCCAACAAGAAAAGGAUUGAGGAUAACGAAACCAUUAUGCUUACUGUCGAGUGUAGUGCUAUUAUUCAAAACAACAUGCCUCCUAAACUGAAAGACCCAAGUAUGCUAGAGAACAUUCCCGUUCGUAUAGGACAAUUCUAUAUUCCUACCGAAUUUGUAAUAAUGGAUAUAAAGGAGGAUUCCUACAUCCCUAUUAUUUUAGGAAGACCCUUUUUAGCCAUAGCCGGAUCCAUCAUAGACAUGAAGAAAGGAAGGCCAACAUUCGAAGUCGGAGAAGAAAAAGUUGAAUUUCUCUUAGCUAAAUUCCUACAAGCACCGACUAUAGAUGACUCAUGUUGUUUCUUAGACGUCAUAGACGAAUGUGUGAAAGAAAUGGAGAAGGAACCAUUUAAGUAUACUGAAGUACUAAAGAUUCCAACACCUCCUAUAUCCGAAGAUGAUAAUUGGCGUGAGUCAUACAUGGAUGACAGUCUGAGAGAAUGUCUAGCACUAACACCAAAUCCAAUGCCAUGCCCCAAGAAACCUUCAAUAGAACUCAAAACAUUACCCAAAGAUCUAAGGUAUGAAUUCCUAGAUAUCGAGCUUGAAAGACCUAUUAUAGUCAACACUGACUUGGGACAGAUAGAAACCAAAAAAUUACUCCAUGUCUUAAGAAAAUAUCUGAAAGCUUUAGGCUAUAACAUAUCCGACUUAAAAGGAAUAAGUCCCUUUAUAUGUAUGCAUCACAUUAUGCUAGAAGAUGACUAUAAAACCUCUAUAGAGCAUAAGAUAAGAGUAAAUCCCAUAUUGAGUGAUGUAGUAAAAAAGGAGGUACAAAAUCUAUUAGAAACAAGAAUUAUAUACCUGAUAUCCGACAGUAACUGGGUCAUCCCGAUACAUGUCGUCCCAAAGAAGGGAGGUGUUACCGUUGUUAGUAAUGAUAAGGGCGAAUCCGUAGCAAAAAGAACUCAAACUGGAUGGAUAAUAUGCAUAAACUAUAGAAAAUUAAAUAAAGCCAUUCGUAAAGAUCACUUUCCAUUAUCAUUCAUUGAUCAAAUGCUUGAAGGAUGUCUUUCGAACCUAGAAAAGGAAUUGUACUUGGACAUGUCGUAUCCGAUCAAGGAAUUGAAGUGGAUAAAGCAAAAAUCCGAAAUUAUAGAACAUCUUCAACCUCCGAAAACUGUUAGAGAAAUUCACACUUUGUUAGGACAUGUCGGUUUCUAUCGACGAUUCAUUAAGGAUUUCUCUAAAAUAACAAAACCACUAACGGGCUUAUUAAUGAAAGACGUUGAAUUCAUAUUUGACAAAGAUUGCUUAAAAGAGUUUGAACAUCUAAAAAUUGCUCUUAUUACUGCACCCAUUUUGAAACCGCCUGAUUGGAGUAAGCCAUUUGAGAUAAUGUAUGACACUAGUGAUUAUGACGUUGGCGUUGUCUUAGGAAAAAGAGAAGAUAAAAAGCUUCAUGAUAUUUAUUAUGCAAGUAGAACCCUAGACAAUGUGCAGAUGAACUACGUCACCAUAGAAAAAGAACUCUUAACUGUUGUGUUUGCUUUAGAUAAAUUUUGUUCCUACUCAGUAGGAGCAAAAAUAAUUGUCUAUACCGACCACGCCGCAAUUAGGUACAUAUUGAGUAAGAAGGAUGCUAAACCGAGACUUUUUAGAUGGAUUCUACUCUUACAGGAAUUCAAUCUAGAUAUCAAAGACAAGAAAGGCAUCGAUAAUGUGGUAGAAGAUCAUCUCUCUAGGAUUGAGGAUCUAAAACCUGAACAAGUGCCCAUCAAUGACGAUUUUCCUUACGAUCGACUUGUAGCCCAAUCAGAAAACGAAAGCGAGACGAUCGAAUGCUCUUUAAUGUAUAAUGACACAGAUACUAAUGAAGUUGUGGAAUCUAUUAGCACCAAGAACGUCCUGCCAUGGUAUGCUGACUUUGUCAACUACUUAGCUGCUAAAGUGCUUCCACCAGACCUAACAUACCAGCAAAAGAAGAUAGUAUUCCACGAUCUUAAACAUUACUAUUAG